AUGGCGACCCAAGAGCGCUAUUACAAUGGAGAGACAAGGACGUGCAACUUGUGCGACGACAGCACCGUGUCGUACAGACCGACGAAGAAGCUCAAGCACUUGAUGCAUCAUGUGGCUAAGAAGCAAUUCAUUGAUGACGUCAAGUUCAACGAAAACAAGAAAAUCAUCGACCCGAACAGUCACUUUCAAUUUGUCGAGGGGCGGAAUUUUGUGGUCUACCGCCAAAAGGUUGAUCCUGAUGUCAUCACUGAGGCUACAGAAGUGUCGGAUGAACUUGACUUUGACUCAAACCUGCAAGCCCUCAUGGACCUCACGGAGCCCACAAGCACUCGCACGAUCAUUCAAAUUCUUGGAAACUUACAUCGCAAGCAUGGAAUUCCACUCCCAACUCCACCAACAGCGCCACAAAGCCAACGAGAAGUUACUCCUGCAAUCGCGUUUCCUCCCGCUCCCCUAUCAAUUGCUCCUGCAGUCUCGUCUCCUCGUACGCACCAGCCCAAGACAAAACCCCCCCGACGAGACUUGUUUGUUGAAGCCCAGCUGAAUAGCAGCAACAUUUUAACGCAUAGCCGUCGAUCUUAG